CCCGACGCGGGCAGGGCUGGCCGGGCACCUUAUGUAAGGGCAGAGGCGGGGCCGGCAGCAUUGUGUGGGCGGCCGCGGCAGCAGCGCCAUGUCUUGGUACCGCAACAGCGUGUGGUUCGUGAAGGGGCUGCGGGAGUACACGAGAGGUGGCUACGAGUCUGCUUCCAAGCACUUCAACCCAGCUGAUGUGGAGGUGGAUGUGGCUGGAAGAUCCUUUCUGGUCACUGGUGCAAACAGUGGCAUUGGCAAGGCCACAGCCAAGGAGAUAGCGAGGAGAGGUGGCACGGUUCAUCUGGUUUGCCGAAAUAAGGAACGGGCUGAAGUUGCCAAAGAGGAAAUAGUGACAGAAACUGGCAAUCAGAAUAUCUUCUUGCAUAUUGUGGAUAUAUCUAAUCCCAAGGAAAUAUGGAAGUUUGCUGAAAAAUUCCGGAAUGAACAUAAAUUAAAUGUGUUGAUCAACAAUGCGGGAUGUAUGGUGAAUAACAGAGAGUUAACUGAAGAUGGACUUGAAAAAAACUUUGCAACAAACACUUUGGGUACGUACAUCAUGACAACUGCCCUGCUGCCUCUUCUGGAAAAAGAAGCUGAUUCCAGAGUGAUAACUGUCUCUUCUGGGGGCAUGCUAGUUCAAAAAUUAAACAUAUCUGACUUGCAGUCGGGAAACGGGCCAUUUGAUGGAACUAUGGUGUAUGCACAGAACAAGAGACAGCAAGUUGUCCUGACAGAACAGUGGGCAAAGGCUCACAGGAACAUCCAUUUCUCCGUAAUGCACCCCGGCUGGGCAGACACUCCAGCUGUGAGAUCAUCCAUGCCCGAUUUCUACGAGAGGAUGAAGAAUUCACUGCGCACAGAUGCCCAGGGAGCUGACACCGUCCUGUGGUUGGCAGUGUCAGCUGAAGCAACAAAGCUUCCCAGUGGCUUGUUCUUCCAAGACAGGCAAGCAGUCCCUACGCACUUACCCCUGGCAUGGACCCAUAGUUCACCAGCGGAUGAAGAGAAACUAAUGGAGGUGCUGGAAGAGUUUUCCCAGAAGUUUAAAUCUGUUUCUCUAGGAACUUAGUAUCUCUGCUGACAUAAUGUCACCACRAAGCUUCUAAUUACACAGUAGCCCUACUGAGGGGAAGUAGGAUACCAUAGGUCUGUUAAAAAUGAAUUGRGUUCAGAUGUUCUUAUAAUGAGGUGGUAGUGACACCUGUGUCAUUUUUUUUCUGCUGCCAAGUCUCUCCUGUUGUGAAUAUACACCUGCUCUCUUGAGACACACUAAGAUUGUGUUCCUUGGAAUGGAAGGAAAAUAGAGAGGCAUUAAAACAAACCCCAAGACUUUGUAAAGUUAUUAGAAUAAUUUAAAAUAAUCAGCAUAGAGAAAUUCAGAGGAGUGUACCUUCAGUAGCCAAGGACUUCAGGAAAGAAGUGAGAAUGUUUUAAAUGACUUAACUGCUGUAUUUGACAGGUUGGUGGCUUUCUUCACAACAUGAGGGUGAUUGGGCUUAAACAUAUAACUGGGAAUUCAGAAACUCUUUUGCAGAGCCUGCUUAGUUUAAAGGGAAGGAUUCCUCACGGCCUUCAGUUUCUAUAAAUCAGUGAUGGUAUGCAGAAAUUAUCUGCUUCCUCAUGUUUAAACAGCAAGAAUUUAGGAACACUGCCAAAUGCCUUCUACAUUAGUUUAUGGAGCUAGGGCUAAAUAUUAUCCCAUUUAUGUCAAAAUACCAUGAAGUAGGAGGUUUCAACACAUAACACACCCAGACAUGGCUGGAUCCAGCAAAGAAAUGGCUGCAUGACUGCAGGCAUGAAAAGAAACAACAUGCUAAGUUGUACCUGCUUGCCAUUUCUGUGAGAGAUUGAAGGGAAUGGCUUUAUCAUUAUGAAUGGAUYAAGAGGGGAGGGGAACACUGGCAGAGCACAGGUUUUAGAGGAGAAUCCACCUCUUGAUGAGAGGRUUGUAUUUUGUCUGGAUCUGUUUACUUCCAGACUCAGAGGACAGGAUUUAUCUUACCUGAUCUGUAGACAUUUGAAUUACUCAGUGAGUUUCUCACUGUAAACUGGUAGAGAAAAAACGCUUUUUUCCCCACAGAUUUACUGGAUCUAGUUUAAGAAACACCACCUAGAGUGCUGCAUCUUUCUAAUAGUGCUGAAGACAAUCGGCUCAGACUAAGAUAUUCAGGUGGGAUUCAUUUUUUUGUAAUUAUUUCAGAUUCACUACAAACCCAAGACUAUUAUUAACAAGAGUGGCAGCACCUUUUCUCCUGAACUGAGUGUGUUUAACUAACAGCCUUCAGAACCCAGCCAAGCUGCUGCACUGAUUCACGUGUGGCUCACACCGGUGUGGUAGGACAAAGGACCUAAACACAAAUUUAACACAGGUAUUCUUGAGCUCUCUGCAGCAGCUGGGAGAAAAGACUGCUGAUGGACAGAGGAAAGCUCUUUAUGUCUAUUUUAUGUAAUUUAGUUUCCUCCUGUCUGAUGGUAUUUCCUUAUUAUUCAAGACCUCCUAUUAAAUAUCAGUUUAGGAAAAAUCUACUUUUUUAGCUUAUUGUCAGUCUUGGAAAUAAAGACUCUACUGUCAGAAAGGCCCUGAGAUAUAUUUUCCCAUGAUUAGCAGUGCUGAGACAAGUCAGGCUGUCACAGCUCUUCCUGAAGCAUGAGCAUUUGCCUCAUUUAUAAACUUAACUCUUUCUUGCACUACAGUGAAAGAAAACAACAGCAAGGC